AUGGCCAAGGUGUUUACAAAGAGCAAGUCACCAGAGCACCGGUUUGUAGCCCUCGAUCCGCCCCGGAUCAUCCUUGAACUCCUGCACCCAGCCGCUGAACCCGCCCUCAACAACCAGCACUUCCUGGGCCUCCCCUCGCAUCUGGAAACACCCGCAAACGGUAAAGUUUAG